AUGGCCCAGUUCACGCAGCAAUUCCUCAACAGCGUCCUCUCGCAGCGGGGGCCGGCGGCGCUGCCGUACGCGGAGGACAUGAAGUGGCACAUCCGCCAGCACCUGAUGCACCUCAUCGAGACCUACCCCUCCCUGCAGCCCAAGACCGCCGUCUUCACCCACAACGACGGCCGCACGGUCAACCUCCUCCAGGCAGACGGCACAGUCCCGAUGUCCUUCCAGGGCGUCACCUACAACAUCCCCGUCAUCAUCUGGCUCAUGGAGUCCUACCCCCGCCACGCGCCCCUGGUCUUCGUUAACCCCACCCGCGACAUGAUCAUCAAGCGGCCCCACCCCUUCGUCUCCCCCAACGGCGUCGUCUCGAUCCCGUACAUACACGCCUGGGUCUUCCCGGCGUCUAAUUUGGUUGAGUUGGCGAGGAAUCUGAGCCACUUUUUUGCCCGGGAUCCGCCGCUUUAUUCCCAGCGCAAGCCAUCAAACCCUAGCCCCAAUCCUACCCCCAAUUUGAAUCCGUCUUUCAGCAGUUUGAAUUCGUCUGUGGGGUCCGCCACGCCUCGGCCGGUCACACCACCGAGGGAUUAUCCGCCAACACCAACUCCACCGCCUCCUUACGGAAGUGGAAGAAUCAUGGAGGAUCCUGCCGAGGUUUUCAAGAAAAAUGCUAUAAACAAGCUCGUGGAGAAUUUGAACGGUGAUAUUUGGGAGAUGAGGAAGGCCAGAGAGGGUGAGAUGGAAGGUUUUUUUGGGGCUCAGGCUGUGCUUAGAAAGCGAGAAGAGGAUUUGAGAAAAGGGCUGAAGGAAAUGCAAGAUGAAAAGGAAGCACUCGAGCAGCAGCUGCAGAUGGUGUUGAUGAACACCGACAUUAUGGAAGGAUGGUUGAGAGAGAAUGAAGGUAAAACGGGGAGUGGCGAUGUGGAUGUGGACGAGGCAUUCCAGCCGUGUGAUGCCCUCUCGAAGCAGAUGCUGGAUUGCACGGCAUCGGAUUUGGCAGUAGAGGACGCUGUAUACGCAUUGGACAAGGCCGUUCAAGAAGGGGCUAUACCUUUUGAUCAGUACUUGAGGAACGUGAGGCUUUUGUCGCGUGAACAGUUUUUCCACCGAGCCACGGCCUCGAAAGUGAGGGCCAUUCAGAUGCAAGCUCAGGUUGCUAGUAUGGCUUCCAGGGCUACACCACAGUACUCAUUUAGUUGA